CCCUUUCUACCUCAGCUUCAUUUAUUCUAUUUCUUCUGUUUCCACCCCAACUUCACAAGUAGUUGAUAUACGGUAUAAACACACACACACCACCUACCCCCCAACCCCCUCUUAGUAAUUGUAUUUGAGGUUUUAAUUUAAUUCGCUCACCAAAUUUGACCAUUUCUUUUCAAUUUUUUAGAAUUUUUUUUUAAAUGUUCCUGACAAUAUAUUACAUGAAUAUCACAUCAUUUGUAGUUUUUAUCUGUUGCUUCGUGGAACCUGUCCAGAAAGGUCUUUUUAUCUUUUAAAAAAAAUGCAAGUUAUCAAAUCCAUUAGCUCAGGCAACUAAAAUAAAUUAUGGCGGGUGAACUUAUAAGUCUUAUUGUGGUGGUUGUGAGAGGGGAAGACCCAGUCGUGGUCCAACUAGGUGGUUUAGGAGAUUGAGUCUGAACUAGAGAGUCCUCCGAUUCUAAUUUUAAUUUUGACUAAACUUAGGGAUUGAUUUUUUUUUUCAAAAGAAAUAUUUAGUUUUAAUCUAAAAUUAAACUGUAAUAAACUGAGCAGUUUUGAGUUGAUCCUCGAUUUUAUUAAAGAUCGAUUUAAAUCAAACUAAUUUGAUCUGAUUUUGAAUAAUCACUUAUGAGGUCUAGUCAAUCCCAGAAAAGCAUAUGGAAUAAUUGUACGAUAAAUCAGGGAAAUUUCCAAGGGCAAAAAGAUUGUAGCUCAUUGCCAUAUAAAUUGCCUGAGGAAAAUGUCAGAAUUGUAAGAUUGAAUACGAAAAGAUUGCAAUGAUUCUGGUUUGUGAUUGUGUGAACCAGGUAAAAGUAGGUGAAACCAAGAAGCACUUAAUAACUUGACUUUGCAGUCACCACCGAUCUAAACUUAUUUAAGCGGUGCAGAUGCGAAAGCCAAAGCAGCGAGCAAGACAGAAUAGAGAAAAGCAAAGAAGACUACCAGGUAGUGCCUCCUCCUGCAAUGAAUCCCAAAGCUGUACAGCACAUCUCAGAAUGCUUAAUCAAGCCUCAACGCAUCUUACAAGAAACAAGGCAUCCUUGGUAUUUGACACCAUGGGAUCUUCUUAUGCUUUCUGUUCAUUAUAUCCAAAAGGGCCUUCUUUUUGCCAAACCAACACCAUAUCAAGAAUUCAACAUCAUGGAUCUGUUGGAAAAGCUCAAGCAUUCCAUCGCGCUCACUCUUGUCCAUUUCUAUCCCCUCUCUGGCCGCCUUGCAACCUCAAAGACUGAAGACCCCGCUUCCUAUGUGGUCUACGUCGAUUGCAGUAAUAGCCCAGGAGCCAGAUUUGUCUAUGCAACUCUGGACAUGACAGUUUCCGACAUUCUUUCACCCACUUAUGUACCACUGGUGGUUCAGUCUUUUUUCGACCACGAUAAGGCUCUUAACCAUGAUGGGCAUGUCCGGUCUUUGGUUACAAUUCAAGUCACAGAACUCGUCGAUGGCGUCUUUAUUGGGUGUUCUAUGAACCAUGCUAUGGGUGAUGGAGCUUCUUUCUGGCAUUUCUUGAACACCUUGUCUGAAAUUUUUCAAGCACAGGGAGGUGAUGUUCAGAUCUCACGCCCACCUGUUCUCGAGCGCUGGUUUCCUGAUGGUUGUGGUCCGAUAAUCAGUCUUCCAUUUACCCACCAUGACCAGUUCUUAUGCCCAUUUGAGGCACCCUUGCUCAGAGAGAGGAUCUUCCACUUCUCAUCAGAAUCCAUAAAAAAACUCAAAGCAAAAGCAAAUGCAGAAUACAACACCAACAAGAUUUCCUCCUUCCAGUCCCUGUCUGCAUUCAUGUGGAGGUGCAUAAUCCGAAUCCGUCAUCUACCACAUGAUCAAAUAACAAGCUGCAGGCUGGCUUGCAAUAAUAGAUCGAGAUUGAACCCACCUCUGUCUCCAAACUACUUUGGGAACUGUAUUAACGCUCUUAGAGCUUCAACCACAGCAGGUGAACUGCUAGAGCACAAUCUUGGUUGGGCAGCAUGGAUAGUCCACGAGGCUGUUGUUAAUCAAGGGGAUCAGGAGAUCAGGGAGCGUCUUGACUCGUGGAUUAAAUCGCCCUCUCUUUAUCAUAUAGGUCAGAUGUUUGAUCCCUAUAGUGUGAUGAUGGGGAGUUCACCGAGGUUCAACAAGUAUGGAUGUGAAUUUGGAAUGGGGAAAGCUUUGACACUUCGAAGUGGGUAUGCACACAAAUUCAGUGGGAAAGUGUCAGCCUACCCGGGACGUGAAGGUGGGGGAAGUGUGGAUUUGGAGGUUUGCCUUCCCCCAGAUUCAAUGAUUGCUCUAGAGUCUGAUGAAGAAUUCAUGGAUGCCAUGGCUUAGCAACACAGCUGGUUGCUGGGGGUCACUCGUCACAAAACAAUGUUUCUUCCUCUCUUCGUGUAUUCUUAUCCACUCCUCAUCUAUCCAAAACAACUAGAUUCUGUUCCUCGGAUUUGCUGCAGAAAAUUUAUAAACUUACUUUGGUUUUA